AGAACCCUUCAACGAUCGGUCCCUUCGUACGUGUUCAUCCGAACCGAGACUCGUCAACGGUGCGGCGGGGCCGUGAUUGACGAAAGUCACAUCGUGACGUUGGCACAGUGCGUGCUGGAUGGAAACUUCCACGUGUUUAACCCAAGGCUGGUUCGAGUAUUCGCCGGAGAUCUGCUGUGGUUUCCCGCAUCCGCGACUCGUCAAAUGCGACUGGCUUCGGUGAUCUACGUCCACCCGAACUUUAAGGCGCACACGCUGGAGAACGAUAUCGCCAUUUGCCGGCUUCAAGAGCCGUUCAACCUCCCAAGCAAUCAUAUUGAGCAAGCCUUCCGAAGGACUCGAAUCGUCGGCAACGAUCACGUUUGUCAGAGCGUUGGAUGGAGAACUGUAGAUGGCGUAUCCCUACAAGCUACUAUACCGAUGCCGAUACGCGAUCGUGAUGUUUGCAACCAUGUCCGUUACCUUGAACCCGUUACGGAAAGAAUGAUUUGUGCCGGUAAUCUGUUGGCGCAGGGAGUUGCUCCAUGCCCCGGGAACAUCGGUUCCGUCUUGUUUUGUGACGGAGAAGCAACUGGUCUGCUUUCUUUCGGUAUGAACUGCGUUACAGCAAACGAUCCUCCGACCUUCACGCAAAUCCGCUACUUCAACAACUGGAUCGAUCAACAGCUGACAAGGACAGAUGUCCCUCUCAUGAAUUGGUCCCCACUAGAUGUCUAAGUAAAAGACGAGCUUGUCAAUAAAGAUUUAUUCGA